AUGGAUGGAAAUCCAAAUCCUACAUAUGGUCAAAUAUAUGGAGGUUAUCCUGGAGUUGGAGGUUAUGAAGGUGGAUAUGGUUAUAUACGUGGAGGAUGAGAUAUUAUUGUUCGACCACAAUGGCUGCGCCGUUCCAAUGAAUCUUCAUCUAGUUUUCAAGCUUGUUUGCCUACACUUUCGGUCCCGAACAAUUCCGAAUCAUUUCAUUUUCCAUAUACACCAGUUAUUCUCUUCGUAAACCAAUAUUCCGGUGGUCAAUAUGGCGAGAAAGUUUAUCGACAACUCUUAAAAAGACUGAAUCCACGUCAAGUCUUUCUUCUAGAAAACGAUGCUACCAUUAUCAAUGCUCUUGACAUUUAUUAUUCGUUACCAAAUAUACGUAUUUGUGUGCUUGGCGGUGAUGGAAGUGCCGGUUGGGUUCUCGGUCGUCUUGCUGAAGUUUAUCCAUCGGGCAAUAAUCCACCGGUAAGCUUUUGUCCAUUAGGAACGGCAAAUGAUCUUUCACUCAUAUUAUCCUGGGGUAAUCAUUACGAUCCAAAACUUCUUAUUCCGUCACUGAUUCGAAUUCCUUACGCUCAGGUAAUUCCAAUCGAUCGUUGGCAAGUCGAUAUCAAACAACUCGAUGUGCCAAAACCAACUUCACCGAUACACCGACAUCAUCGAACUGGAUCUAAAAUUAGUCGACCAUUUCAAGCGUUACUUAAUCCACCUAAAUUCGUUCGCAAAACCAAUCGAGUCUGCUAUCAAAACCAUCGUGCGUUACCAAAUACAUGUUUCAUCAAUUAUAUGAGUUUUGGUUUGGAUGCCGCUAUCGCUCUUGAAUUCCACGAUCAACGAACGCAUGAUCCGCAAAAAUUUUCGUCGCCACUGAAAAAUAAACUGAUGUAUUUAAACGAAAGUUGCAAAUAUUUGAGUGACUUUUCUAGAUCGAAAAUGUGGAGUCUUCACUCCUAUAUUCGUUUGAUAUGUGACGGUGAAAAUCUAACUGAUGCCAUACAUAAUUGUCACACGCUACUAAUCAUCAACAUUCCAGCCUAUGCAGCCGGUACAAACCCGUGGGGAAACUCAUUAUCGACGAGUUCACCUAGAAACAAUGCUCACCAAUCACCGAUUAUUCAGAAAGAUGCAAAUUCUUUUGAUCGCACAGCAACGAGUUCAACCAACGUGCCUAAUUCUUCAUCCAAUCAACACAAAAUGUAUGAAUCGGCUACCUUGAAUAGUCGUAGUGAGAAGAACACUGCUAUUUCAUCACCGACAACAGACACAACCGGCAAUUUCGAACGGCAAGAUUUUGGUGAUGGAAAAAUUGAAGUCAUCGGAUUAAGUGUAACGCGUAUGGCUUCGAUCCAUAUUGGUUGCCAUGGCAAUCGAAUUGCUCAAUGUAAAAGUGUGCGUAUUGAAGUCUCCUGUCCGAUGACUGCACAAAUGGACGGUGAACCCUUCUAUUUACCUGAUUCUGCUGUUGUCAAUAUUAAUUAUGGAGGUCAAGUACUUGUGUUAAGAAAUGAAAACCGAUAA